AUGUCUUCGCUCGAGUCAUCCUCUGAAGGAUCCAUACUUUCUCUCUUCAAUGGCCAUUUCGGAAAGGGAUGGUUGAUCUUUGGAUUCAUUGGUUCUUUCCUCUUGUGGUAUCUUCAUGCUUUGAUGCGAUUCCUUUUGAAUCGAAUGUUGUUUUUUCAAUUAACUCUGAAUGAUUCGGAUGAAGAAUUUCGAUGGUUUACUGGAUGGUUUGCCUUUCAUCCCUACACGUUAUAUGGAUCUAAACGAAUUAAACCUAAAAAGAAUCAUUACAAUGUUGGAAGAAAUUCAUUCUUUGAGAGAGGAAUUUCAGACACAAUGACAGACACCACGACGAGUAAUAAUCAUCACUCCACAGGUGAUGAAUCUUCCAAGAUGAGUCGUGUGAAGUUUGUACCUGGUUUGGGAAUUCAUCUAUUCUAUGUCAAAUCUAAAUUGUUUAUAUUGAAAUUGGGGGGUUCUCAAAGCUCAUCAUCCACUUCAACACCCACAGGAGAGGAACGAGAGAAUGUGACCAUCUACAGACCUUGCUACUCAUGGAUUUCAAUGUUGGUUCAAUUCUUUUAUCCCUGUGUGGAUAAUUAUAAUAAUGCGACAUCUGUGAGGGAUAUGUUAGAAAAUGCAGGUUUUCCCAAAUCUUUAAUUCCUCCUUCUUCAUCGGUCCAGGUUUCCUCAUCAUCAACUUCAUCGACUUUGAAGAAGAAUGACAAUAAGCAUUGUGAGCCUACCAAUACUGCAUAUUUUACAUUUCGUGAGCUUUUGGAUGAGUGUUAUUAUGUCCAUGAUUUGUUGUCACGUGAAAAGACAACUAUUUAUUCAUCGUCGAUUCAUUCAUGGAAAGUUUCAAGUGUGAUGGAGAAGAGAGAAAAAAAGACAGUCGUAUUGGAUGAAGGAGUUUGGGAAGAGUUGUAUAAUGAUGUUUUAAAUUUUCUAAAUUCUAAAAGGUGGUACAAGGACAGAGGAAUUCCUUAUCGUCGAGGAUAUUUAUUGUAUGGACCUCCUGGAAAUGGAAAGACAUCAACCAUCACAUCGAUUGCAGCUUGCUUUAAUCUCAAUAUUUGUGUCAUUAAUAUGGGAUCACAGAACAUGACGGACGAUCGAUUACAAUACAUGUUUUCGACUGUUCCAAAGAAUUGCAUGAUUGUUUUAGAGGAUAUUGAUUCGAGUUUUUCAAAAGAUGAUCUCAACGAACCUUCAGAACCUACAAAUGAAAUUGAGUUAAGAGGAAUGAGAAGUGUGAUAAAAACCACUGGAAAGGCAACCUUCUCAUGUCUGUUAAACUGUUUGGAUGGAAUUAGUUCCCAAGAAUCAAGAAUUGUAUUCAUGACCACUAAUUUCAAAGAUAAGCUUCCUCCUGCUCUUCUUAGAAAUGGACGAGUGGAUCGUAAAAUCUAUCUUGGAAAUACCACCAAGAGUCAAUUGAAACGAAUGGCUCAAAAUUUUUAUGAAGACUACAGCGAGGAGUUGUGUGAAAAAUUAUGGGAUCAAGUGGGCACGUUUUCGUUUUGCAUGGCUCAGUUGCAGGGUUUCUUUUGA